CCAGGGGAUGGUGGCAUCAAUUCUAUCGGUGUUCGAGGUGAUCCUGGUGAACCCGGUCGUCCUGGUGUUGCUGGUUAUGUAGGUUUUUCUGGAUUUAGUGGUGAAAAAGGAAUGCGUGGUGAUCCAGGGCUUCCUGGUCUUAUGGGUUUGCCAGGUGAUAAAGGUUUAAAGGGCAGAGAAGGUGAAAGUGUAGAAGGUCAAAAGGGACAGAAAGGAGAACCUGGAUCUCCUGGUUCACCAGGACCACCAGGCCCUGAUGUUGCUGGUAGUGAUAAACCAGAAGAUGAAAUAUUUAAUUAUCUGCAAGGUCAUAAAGGAGCUGAAGGAGAAAAGGGAGAGAAAGGUGAAAAAGGACCUCGUGGCUUUGAUGGGAGGCAAGGAUCUCCUGGACAAAAAGGUUUUCCUGGACCGAAAGGAGAAAAAGGGGAACGUGGUGAUAAUGGUCCAAUGGGAAAAAGAGGUUAAACUGGGUAUCCUGGAGCUUCUGGCGAAAAAGGACAAAAGGGUGAACCUGGACAUUUUGGACCUGAUGGAAGAACAGGACCUAAGGGUUUGAGAGGAGAACCUGGCAGACCUGGUUUUCCUGGUUCUCAAGGUCCACCUGGACCUCCUGGUAUUAUGAUCGAAACUGGAGAGGUUAUACCAGGACCUAGAGGACCUCAAGGAACUCCUGGUGACAGAGGAUUGCCAGGCAUUCCAGGUAAACCUGGAGUUAGAGGACCUGUUGGAUAUCGUGGUGCUGCUGGAGAGCCUGGUCCUCAAGGUCCUCCUGGAGAACCUGGGCCAAUUGGUUUGAGUUUCAAGGGGGAACCAGGAGAUGAUGGCUUUCCUGGAAUACCUGGUCCCCAGGGAAAACCUGGCUUUCCUGGAUUGCAGGGUCUUACUGGAGCAAAAGGUGCACCUGGUCUCACUGUCGUUGGGCCUCCUGGAGAAGAUGGUCGGCCUGGAAAAGAUGGAAUUCAUGGCAUUCAUGGGCCAAGAGGAGAUCCUGGACCACCUGGUGAUAAAGGCUAUCCUGGUUAUGGUGUUAUGAAACAGGGACCUCCAGGAGCUGAUGGUUUACCUGGAUUUCCUGGAGAACCAGGAGAGCCAGGAAUUCCAGGUGCUGAUGGUCCACCAGGCAUUCAAGGAGUAAAAGGGGAUGACUGUGGAUAUUGUCCUCCUGGACGACCUGGUUUCAAAGGAGCUCCAGGAGAUGAAGGAAGGCCAGGACCUCCUGGACCACCUGGCUAUCCAGGGUAUGUUGGCUUGCCUGGUAGGAAAGGAGAUCCAGGAUUGCCUGGAGUUCCUGGUCUUAAAGGAUUUGCUGGCACUCCUGGUGCUGAUGGAAGUGAAGGUCGUCAGGGUCCACCUGGAGAUGCUGGUGAGUUAAUAUACCCACCCGGAAUAAGAGGGUCCAAAGGGGAGCCUGGCGAUAUUGGAUUUUCUGGAGAAUCAGGUCUACCUGGAAGAGAUGGAAGUCCUGGUCUGAAAGGUUUUCCUGGAUUUCCUGGGAGAAAAGGAGAACCAGGUGAUUAUGGUGAUAUUGGACAACCAGGUUUAGAUGGACUUCCUGGUCUUGCAGGUCCUCCGGGCCCAAAAGGAGAACAGGGAGAUGCUGAUUUUGGAUUGCCUGGAUUUCCUGGGUCAAAAGGAUAUCCAGGACUUGAUGGAUUAUCUGGUAUAAAAGGUGCAAAAGGUGAUAAAGGUGAACCAUAUGCUUAUGAUAUGCUUAAGUUGAUUAAAGGUGCUAGUGGACCACCUGGGCCUCCAGGAGAACCUGGCUUACCUGGACGUCCUGGUGCAGAAGGCAAACCUGGGUUUGCUGGUCGUAAUGGUUUACCAGGAAUGCCAGGAAAGAAAGGAGAACCGGGUUUCCCUGGCUCAUCACCUCGAGGUGAGCCUGGUCUGAAAGGCUAUCCAGGUCUUCCUGGGGAUACUGGCCGUCCUGGGUUUCCUGGACCUAAAGGAAAAAGAGGGGAAAAUGGUCUUUUAGGUUUUCCAGGAGGAAAGGGAGAAAUAGGUGAUAUUGGGCCUGAUGGUUUUGAUGGACCACCAGGUUUUCCUGGAUUGGUUGGACAGAAAGGUGACCGAGGAGAUACAGGUCUUAUAGGGCGAACAGGAUUUCCAGGGGAACCUGGGUUUUCUGGUCCUGCUGGACCAAAAGGUGAACCAGGUUAUUCAGGACUUUCAGGUUUCCCAGGAGAUAAAGGAGAGCCAGGUGAUGCAGGUAUAGGAACUAAAGGACUUCCUGGAUAUGAAGGUGUACCUGGUUUGCCUGGCCCUGCAGGUGAUAAGGGAGAACGUGGAAGAGAAGGAUUACCUGGUUUAACAGGACUGAAAGGCACAAAAGGUGAUGAUGGAAUACCUGGUUCAAGAGGACCUGUUGGAAUACCUGGACGUUCUGGCCAACCAGGACUACCUGGCAGAGAUGGAUUACCUGGAUUUGCAGGCAAAAAAGGAGAAAUGGGAGAUAUGGGACCUCCUGGGUUAGAUGGAUUUCCUGGAAGAUCAGGAUUGCCAGGUUUUGCUGGAAUUAAAGGAGAACAGGGUGAAGCAGGUUUCCCUGGUUUAGCUGGAAGACCUGGCCUUCCUGGUCUUCCUGGACUACCUGGCGACCGUGGAUUUCCUGGAGUUCCAGGUGGGAAAGGUGAACCAUCAUUAUUCAGUAUCAAAGGGGAACCUGGUGAGGCAGGAUUGCCAGGUGCAAGGGGACCUCCUGGUCUUCCUGGACGUUCUGGUUUACCUGGUCCCAAAGGAGAACGGGGAAAUCCUGGUUUAGCUUUAGAUGCAGAGCCUGGACUUCAAGGGCUACCAGGACCAAAAGGAUAUCCUGGCUUUCCUGGAUUGCCAGGAUUCAAGGGGGAAAUGGGUGACAUGGGAUUCCCAGGUCCUGAUGGAGAAAAAGGAGAUGAAGGACGUCCUGGCUCACCUGGUCCACCUGGCUUGGAUGGUAUUCCUGGUAUUCCUGGAAAGAAAGGUGAAGCUGGUAAUCCAGGUUUGCCUGGGUUCUUUGGACCUAAGGGUGAAAGAGGACUUGAAGGAUUACGCGGGUUUCCUGGCUCAAAAGGUGACAGAGGUCUUCCCGGUUUUCCUGGAGCUGAUGGAUUUCCAGGUGUUAAAGGCAUCCGAGGUGAUGACGGCCCUAAAGGUUUUCCUUCAGCUACUGAAAAUAAAGGAUUACCAGGUAAUCCUGGAUUGCCUGGUCUUCCCGGUUUCCCUGGUGAAAGAGGUGAUGAUGGAGCUCUUGGAUUACCUGGAUUCAAAGGAGAUCCAGGUGAUCCUGGAUUAGAUGGAAGACCUGGAACUUUGGGUAGAGAAGGACCAAAAGGUUUACCUGGACUUCCAGGAAAGGCUGGAGAAGAAGGUUUUCCUGGACAAUCAGGUGAAGGUUUUCCGGGAGAUCCUGGAGCACCUGGUUUACCUGGAUUUCCGGGGAGACCAGGAAGUAAAGGAGAAUCUGGUGAUCCUGGGCUACCAGGAUUUCCUGGUAUUAAAGGAUUUCCAGGAUUUAGUACGCCAGGCACACCAGGACAGAGAGGGCAACCAGGUCCAGUUGGUCCACCAGGUUUAGAUGGUCUUCCAGGCAUACAAGGUGAGCGUGGUGACGCUGGCCCUCCUGGUUUACCUGGUCUGAUAGGUGAUAGAGGUCUUCCUGGUUUAUCACAGCCUGGAGAAAUUGGUCCUAUAGGAUUGCCAGGCUUAGAUGGGCUUCCUGGGCCACCUGGUAUAAAAGGUGAACGAGGAUUUGUAGGGCCUCAAGGCUUUCCUGGUUUAAAAGGAGAAAGAGGUCAAGAUGGAUUGCCUGGUUUAAGAGGGUUCAAAGGGCUUCCAGGAUUUCCAGGUACACCUGGUGAAAAAGGAGAAUCUGUAAUAGCUAGCAAUAUUGAGAGAGUUUCUGGAGAAAAAGGCAACCGUGGUUUACCUGGUAGGUCAGGGUUUCCUGGAGAAAGAGGACCUAUGGGUGAUCCGGGUUUAGAAGGAUUACAGGGUUUACCUGGCGACCCUGGUUUCCCUGGAAUUGAGGGUCUUCGUGGAUUUCCAGGCAACAAAGGAAUGGCAGGAGAGCCUGGUUACAAUGGUCUUGAAGGUUUAGCAGGUAUCAGAGGCUCACCUGGUGAAGAAGGGCUGCCUGGAUUACCUGGCAAACCAGCUCCAUCUCGAGGGUAUUUUUUUACAAGGCACAGUCAAACAACUUCUAUACCUCAAUGUCCAUUUAAUGCACCACCUAUGUGGACUGGCUAUUCUUUAUUGUACUUACAAGGCAAUGAGAGAGCACAUGGUCAAGAUUUGGGAACACCUGGAAGUUGUCUAAAACGUUUCAGCACUAUGCCAUUUAUGUUCUGCAACCUCAACAAUGUGUGCAAUUUGGCUUCUAGGAAUGAUUUUAGUUACUGGUUAAGCACACCAGAACCAAUGAGCAUGUCCAUGGCACCAAUAGUAGGACAAGAUAUACCUAAAUACAUUAGUCGCUGUGCUGUUUGUGAAACUCCAACUCAAGUUAUUGCUGUACAUAGUCAAACAAUGGAUAUUCCAGAUUGUCCUGAUGGAUGGGAUGGCUUAUGGAUUGGUUACAGUUUCCUAAUGAAUACUGACUCUGGAGCAGAGGGUAUUGGUCAGCCCCUUGCAUCACCUGGCUCUUGUUUGGAAGAUUUCCGACCAUUGCCUUUCAUAGAGUGUCAUGGCCAUGGUCGUUGCAAUUAUUUUACCACCGCACAGAGCUUUUGGUUGGCCACCAUUGAUAGGGUGGACUCUUUUAGUGUGCCUCGCUCAGAAACUCUGAAAGCAGGAAAUCUACGGCGAAAAAUUUCCCGUUGUCAAGUAUGCAUGAGAAGGCAUGCACCUACAAUACAAUUAGGUGGUCGAACUGCUCGAUGAAAUAUUAGCAAAAUAUGAUUUAACAUUUGUGUUUUGCUCAAGCUUAACUUUUUGGGCUACUUAAUAAGUUUCUAAAUAUCACUGAACAUUUUGUUGACUGUUAUUGCUGAUUCAAUACUUCAAUGCUGAAAAAGUGAUUUUUAUUUUAAGGUAUAUGAUCUGCUUUUUCAAAAUUGUAAAUUUAUGAAAUUUAGUGAUCAUCUCAUACAUCAGAAUCUCAUUUUUUAUAAUUUCUGAGGCUUAUAUUUACAAAGUAAUUUUAUUUUUAGUUUUAUUGUGACUUGCUGGUUUUUUUUUUUUUUUUUUUUUUAUGUUUCUGUUUUCUUGCAAAAAUUCAUGUCUUAAAAAAGAUCUGCUUGUUUAAAAUCUGCAUUGCUCAAAAGCUCAUAUUUUUCAUUAUGUUAUGAACUAUUUCACUAAAAUUUUAAAUUGAAUAAUGCUAUAGAUUUUAAUCAGUUUUGAUAGUCAUGUAAAGAGUAUAUGAAUGUGCCAAUAACUGUUUCCUUAUAAAGAGUGCCAAUAUUUAUUUUUAUAUAUGAGCUAUGUUACAUUAUAAAGAAAUAUGAAGGUAUAUUUCUAAUGUCAAUACGUCAUAAAUGCUAUUUUUAAUGAAGCUUUACUGUACUAUACAUAAUUUAAAAAAACAAUAAAAUUCACUGCUACUUUUUCA